CUGCCAUGGAUGUUUCCAACUUGCUCGCUGCCGAGGCAGCCAAAUUCGCAUCCGUCAAUGUCGAAAAAGAGGUGCCCUUGGAGGUCGACGCCGGUCUUUUGACCGUCACGGACUUGAAUCUGAUCGACGAGGAGGCAUACAAUGAGAACCUCGAAGAGCAUCUUCAAUCCCUAGCUCGCGACGGUGUCCAGGUCCUCAUCCAAUCUCUCUUCUCCCUCCCCACCCAGUCCUCGCCAGAUGGCCCGAUCGCCCAGCUUCCCCCUCCCGUUACCCAACUCCCCCGCGCGAAGCCUCUUCCCAAGCCCAAGGCACCGACAAAGUGGGAAGCCUUUGCAGCUGCAAAGGGCAUACAGAAGCGCCGGAAGGAGAAGAAGGUGUGGGACGAGGAGCGGCAAGAAUGGGUCAACUCCUGGGGUCGGGACGGGAAGAACAGACAGGUCGAGGAUCAAUGGAUACACGAAGUGCCGGCCAAUGCUCCCGUCGACUUCGACCCGCGCAAGGCCGCCCGCGACGAGCGCAAGGAGCGCAUCGCCAAGAACGAAAAACAGCGCCUCGCCAACACCGCCCGCGAUCAGGGCACCUCCCGCAAGGCCGAGCUCGACAAGACGCUCGCGACGACGCGCCUCAGCACUGCGUCCAUGGGCAAGUUCGACAAGACGCUCGACGGCGAGAAGAAGCUGCGCGGAAUCAAGCGCAAGUUCGCGCCGAACGAGAUGGGCGCGGAGAGCGAGAAGAAGGGCGCGCUCGCACUGCUGUCGCGGAUGGAGAGUGAUGGGAAGAAGAUGCGGAGGGAGCCGCCGAGCGCGGACGAGGGAGUCUUGAAUGCGAGGAAGGCUGUGCGAUUCGCGAGCAAGGGGAAGGGUGGCGUGGCGUUGGCGAGGGAGAAGGCUGGUGGGAAGGGUCCUGCAGGGAGGAAUUCGAAGGGAAAGUCGAAGGGGAAGCGAUGAGCGUCUGCUUCAGACAUCCUUUCGUGCGCCUCUUCUCUUCGCUCGCUGUUUUCCGCGUACUUGUUGUACUGAUCAAUGUUUGUAUGCUCAUGCGUGUUCAUCUGGACCUACGAUCAUCAAUGGCCUGCACAUGUGGCGGACACGCCCUUCCACUCAUGGCGGAUCAUCAAGCGUUGGAAUCUCCCGAAACGAGGUGGCCGUCCACCUGAUCGAUGCCACUCUUUAUUGCCCUCCCUAUAGCGACUCCC